GAGGCCGAGGUAGUUCUCGCGGACGGCAGCAUCGUGAAGGCCAGCGCCUGCAACGCGUACUCGGAUCUCUUCCGUGCGCUCCGCGGCGGCGGCGGGUCUUUCGGCCUCAUCACGAAGGCGACCUACCGCACGUACCCAAUGCCGACGGACAUGGGCAGCAUCGGCUGCGAGUACCGCGACCAGGACAUCACCAGCACCGUGGAACAGUUUCUCGCCUGGUACACGGACAUCUGCGACCGGGGCCUCGCGAAGCAUUUCGGGGGCAAGAUAUUCGUGUACAGCGAGUACGCGGACCUGAAGCUGGAGUACGUGGACCUGGGGCAGGACGAGUGCACGAAGCUCCUGCAGGAGGGGGACCACCCGCUGCCAGGCGGCCUCGAGUGCGAGGCCAAGGACGUGGCGUGGCCUCCUGCUGGCGCGGUCCACAGCGACCGCGCGAAGGGCUGGAUGACCUCCUGGGCGGGCGACUCCGCUUCCGCCUACCACGUGGAG